UGGGCGUAACUGUAGUUUUGUAAAAUUUGGUUGCCCUACAGUUUGCUGCGAUUUUUUCGUAUUUCUGCGUAAAAUGGCUGGGAGAGCAUUGAAAUUUGGUUUAGCACUGAAGGAAUUGCGAAUCCACCUCUGCCAGAAGUCCGAGCAGAGCCGAGGAGUGAGAGACUUCAUUGAAAAGCAUUAUGUUGAUUUGAAGAAGUCGAACCCACGGUUCCCAAUCCUCAUCAGAGAAUGCAGCGGAGUUCAGCCUCGAGUUUAUGCUAGAUACGAACUUGGAAAAGAGAGCAGCGUACCUCUUACAAAUUUGGCAGCAGGAGAUGUUUUGCAACAGAUCGAGAAGUUGGCUAAAUAAUUAAUUGGUUGAAGUUAUGUGUAAAUAAAUAGAUGAUGUUGUUAUAGAAUAAGUGGAAAA